AUGACCGCCAUUGAGCUCCUACUGCAUGAGUGCAUUCGGCAGCUCGAGAAGGAGGUAAAGGUACGCCGGAGCCGGCCGCAGCUGGGUGUUCGCAUCGAGUUCUGGCUCCCACCCAAGCAGACCUUGCCAUCGGGUCGUCCCUCGGUAAACGAAUGGAGGAAAGCAACAAAAUCAUUCAUUUCGGGCCUACCCAAGACAGAGACCGAGUGGCGCGAGAAGAGGGAGGCACUUAGCUUGUCUACUACAGACGACGUCCUUCGCGCGGUUGACUACUUGACAACAAUCCGACUGGACAACAACAGUUGCUCUAAAACGCACACGACAGAGCUAUCUCUUCAACUUGCUUUGACUGCCUUUGGACGGAAUGUUGGCACCAAUCUAGCAUUAGAAAACGUUCGUCGAAACACCUCCCGUUUCCUCCCUCUUAUAUUUCUGGCGGCAUGCUGCAUGGCGAUAUAUGACGGCCAUUCAGAAGAUUCGGUUAACGAUGCCCAGCGAGAGUUCCUCAGAGCAAGUCGUGGGAGGUGUGACGAAGAGCCCAAGGGCCUCGCCAAAGACCGUGCGGCGGUGCGAUGGCUAGUAGGAGAGAUGCAGCGUCAGUUCCGGCGCGGACUUCGGCAUCGUGCCUUUGAGCUUUUCUUCUCGGUGAAGGGCAGAGGCAUCCACUUUUAUAAGGACAACUGCCCAAAGGACCCCGACGCAAACGCCGAGUUCUCAGAAUUGAUCCCUUUCUGCGACCCUCCGCCCGAGAUACAAGCUUCUUUGCCAUUUUUCAUCCCAUCGUCAUGCUCCACUUUGGAGGUUGGUGGAGGUAAGUUAACUCGAGCGUUGCAGCGGGUCCGGCUAAUAGAGUCACUAGCUACUCAACAAUCUGCGAAGCGUAUGUGGUUACUUCGAUGCCUACCACCUAAGUUGGAGGCAUCUCCCCGCCGAGGCCAUUUUGAGCGAAGAACCCUCGCUAAUAAAAUAACCGCUCAUUUUCACCGAUCCCAGUCGUUUGAGUAUUCUCGAAAUGUCACUAGUCUCUUCACAUGCAUGGAACCAAUCCGACUGUUGGCUACCGUCUGCUGCCCCGGCGAUGGCGCGGACGAUAGUGGUGCGCGGGUAGCGGCACAGGUGAACUGGUUGAGGUUCAUGCGAAUCAAGUCGCCACCGGCGGCAGGAUGA